UCAGUCUUGCGCCGAAGUUUCGAUAGUGAAGGAAGCAGAAAACAGAGUGUUUGUGUUGCGAAAAUCGAUUGACCGUGUUUGGUGAUUUAAAGCAAAAUGGUUUAUAAAGUUGAAAUCACACUUUUGGUGUGUGCUUUUGCUACCGUACUAAGUGUAGUUCACAGUGCACCGAAUCCACUCAGCGGGGACAUAGCAUCACCACAAGGACAUGGUGAUCCUUUAUCAGCAACAUAUCUUCCACCUAAUUCUUUGACAAAACAUUCGAACGAACCCGAACGACUUGUGCCGCCAAAUGUGCAUGCAGCAAAUGAAAAUCCACAGAAUCAAAGGCCACGUACGAAACGGGCCUUAAUCUUCCGGCCGUUAUUCGUCUAUCGACAGCAGGAGAUUAAGAAGCAAAAACUAAAAGAAAUGCGUGAACAAAAGCAACGGCAGCAACAGAUGCAGCAGCAGCAACAACAGCAGCAGUCGGCAGCCUCUGCAGCUUGUCAACAACAUCACCACGCCACCAGAAAGCCCGUGAGAUAUUAUGCACAGGCGUAUCCGUACCAGCGGUGGUACUAAAAGUCAAUAAUUUGACCGUAUGCGAAAAUCAUGACUAACGAGAAUCUCAUUAUCAUGCCCAUAUCAAACCGCAGCGACUACUCCGGGGCAGAUAAGAUGAUUGUGUUUACUAUUUAUGUAUGAGUGCAUUCUACUGCAGUUGUAAUUUAUUUAUUCAAUAAAACAUGAUGUUAACAAUUUUAUA